CCUGGGGACUGAACUAACUCUGGCUCUAAACCGCAGCCGAUUCAGUCCCGGCGCCACCGUUCUCCCGGAGCCCACCCUCCACGUCUCCAGAACCCUCGGAAGAGCGUUCUUCCUUCUACCCCACCUUUUUACCCUGCCUCCCUCACCUUCCACCGGGAUCGAAGUCCUCGAGCUGCAGGUGUGCUGAGCUAGACGCCGCCGGCAGGGCCCAGAGGCUGCUCAGGUGCAGUUGUUCCUCCUUUGCUUGAGUCAUGGCAGCUCUCAUGAAGGGUCAAGUGUGUGUGGUGACUGGUGCCUCUAGGGGUAUUGGCCGAGGCAUCGCGCUGCAGCUCUGCCAAGCUGGAGCCACGGUGUACAUCACGGGCCGCCAUCUGGACACACUCCAGGCCACAGCUCAGGAGGCGCAGUCUCGAGGGGGCCGCUGUGUGCCAGUGGUGUGUGAUUCGAGCCACGAGAGUGAAGUCCGCCGCCUGUUUGAGCAGGUGGACCAGGAGCAACAUGGGCGUCUGGAUGUGCUGGUCAACAAUGCCUAUGCCGGGGUCCAGGCCAUCUUCCACAACAAGGAUCUUGCAUUCUGGGAAAGCCCCGCUUCCAUGUGGGAUGACAUCAACGAUGUCGGGCUCAGAGGCCACUACUUGUGCUCGGUGUAUGGGGCACGGCUGAUGGUCCCAGCUGGGCGGGGACUCAUCGUGGUCAUCUCCUCCAUCGGGGGGCUGCAGUACUUCUUCAAUGUCCCCUAUGGCGUGGGCAAAGCCGCGUGUGACAGGCUGGCUGUUGACUGUGCCCAGGAACUGCGGCGCCACGGGCCUGAGGAACUGGCUCCUAGAAGGGGUGCCCAGCAGCCAUUGCGGAGUGGAGAGAGACAGUGCUCCUGGGUGCCUCCUCCUGGCCCAGGGGUGCGUGGGCCCACUGAGCCCAAACCCUGCUCCUCGGUGUGCCCCGCAGACCCUGACAUCCUGAGCCUGAGUGGGAAGGUGCUGCCAUCCUGCGACCUUGCUCGCCGCUACCACCUCCAGGACGUGGAUGGCCGCCCCGUCCAGGACUAUUUGUCGGUGAAAAUGCUUCUCACCCAGGUCCCCAGCCUACGCUGGCUGGCCUCCUACCUGCCCGGCUUCCUCCGCAUGCCCAAGUGGAUUAUGACCCUCUACACGAGCAAAUUCUAGUGCUCCUGGCCUGCGUGACGGCACCUCCCCACAGCUCCUCUCAGCCAGGCCAGGGAGGGUCUGGCCUCUCAGGGGAACCAGGCAGCCGCUCUCACCUCUGUGGACCCUUGAUACGACCUGUGGGAAGACCUGUGCUGUGUGCCCUCGAUGAGCCUUGGGGACCCGUAUGGGUCCUUCUUGGGGCCUUGGCUGUCCUUGUCCCGGCCUUUUGCUUUCUGAAGCGCUUCUAGUGACAUCUCCCCGGGGACCACAGAAAGUCUCAUUUCGCCUCCA